UGCAACACGCACCCGGGCUUAAACGGCCCGCUCCGGGCCAAGGAGUGAGUGCAGCUGCUGUCUUUCGCUUUCUCACACCGUGUAGAAGCGGAGGCGGAGGAGGAGGAGGAGGAGGAGACUCAGGCGGCCGUCCCUUGGCGCCUGGCUUAUUGGGGUAUGCAUUAUCAACUAUAAACUCUGGAUAUUUCUAUUCCAAGAGAGAGACAAACAGGUGGGACAAUAUGAAGUCCAAUCCUGCCAUCCAAGCUGCCAUUGACCUCACUGCAGGGGCUGCAGGAGGGACUGCAUGUGUGAUGACUGGGCAGCCUUUUGACACCGUGAAAGUGAAGAUGCAGACAUUUCCCAACUUGUACAAGGGCCUUGUAAACUGCUGUGUAAAGACAUACACCCAAGUGGGCUUUCGGGGCUUCUACAAGGGGACCACCCCAGCACUAAUUGCCAACAUUGCAGAGAACUCUGUACUCUUCAUGUGCUAUGGUUUCUGCCAACAAAUCGUGAGGAAGAUAGUUGGACUGGAGAAGAAUUCAAAGUUGAGUGAUGUACAGAAUGCAGCUGCUGGAUCUUUUGCUUCUGCUUUUGCUGCCUUGGUACUGUGCCCCACGGAACUCGUGAAGUGUCGCCUACAGACCAUGUACGAAAUGCAGACAUCAGGGAAGGUAGCAGAAGGCCAGAAUACAGUAUGGUCUGUUGUAAAAGGCAUUCUUCGAAAGGAUGGCCCCCUGGGUUUCUACCAUGGACUCUCCAGCACUUUACUUAGAGAAGUACCUGGAUAUUUCUUCUUCUUUGGUGGAUAUGAGCUGAGCCGAUCAUUUUUUGCAUCAGGGAAAUCAAAAGAUGAGUUAGGGCCCAUCCCUCUAAUGUUAAGUGGUGGCUUUGGAGGAAUCUGCCUCUGGAUUGCUGUGUAUCCAGUGGACUGUAUCAAAUCAAGAAUCCAAGUUCUUUCCAUGUCUGGAAAGCAGGCUGGCUUCAUUGGGACAUUUGCGAGUGUUUUAAAAAAUGAAGGGAUAGGGGCCUUGUAUUCUGGACUGAAGCCUACUUUGAUCCGAGCUUUCCCUGCCAAUGGAGCUCUGUUUUUGGCAUAUGAAUACAGUAGGAAGUUGAUGAUGAGCCAAUUUGAAACCUACUAACGGAUCUUGGUGGUACUGGACUAAAAAACUGCUGCUGUUCAUCUCAGGGUUUCACUGAGUAUGAAGACCAACGUGAAAAUGUUCUAAUUUCAUAGGACUUCUCCCUUUCUCUUCCCAACCCCUUCUUCCCAGCCUUCCAUUUCCCCAAAGAACCUAAAAUUUUACACACUAGUUUCUGCUAGUGUUUUUAUGAGAGAGUUUUAUCUUUUCUCCUAACUGGUAAUAUACCCAGUGAGUUUAAACUCUUCCCCAGAGAACCUGUUUUGAAAAUGGUUUUGGAUGGGUUCAUGGAGGCUCUUUGCAUCUCCCUUGGCCUUAUCUUUGGAGUGUGGAUAGUGUAAGGACUUGAAGUGAAAGAUGUAGUUUGGUUUCUAGUCUUUUACUUAAACAUAACCAGAAAAGACCUAGGGCUAUUGUUAAUAAAGCAUCGAAAGUGGA